UGGUGGCCCAUAGUGGUCUUUUCUUGAGAUUUUCUCUAGGUGGGUUUUGAAUUUCACCUUCAUUUUCCUCAAGAUUCUCCCUCUGAAACUCAGGAGUAGGAUCUUCAUCUAUGCUAGGAGCAAGAACAUAGACUUCAAGUUCUAUAGAACUUUGGGCUUUUAUGAAGGCUAAGUCUUCUUCAAAAAUUACAUCCCUACUAAGUUCAAUAUGCCUCUGACCAGGUAUGUAGAUUCUAUAGGCCUUGGAGGUUUCACUAUAUCCAACAAAUAUCCCCCCUUUUCCUGAAGGCUCUAGUUUUAACCUUUUCUCUUUAGUUACAUGGAUAUAAACAGGGCAUCCAAAUAUUCUAAGAUGGCUAAUAUCUGGCUUUGUUUUAGUAAAAACUUCCUCAGGGGUUUUAUCUUCAAUAUGGGAGUGAGGAUAUCUAUUUUGGAUAUACACGACAGUGCAGGAGGCUUCUGCCCAAAGAUGGGUAUCUAGGUUUUGAUCAAGAAGCAGAGAUUUGACAACUUCUACAAUUGUCCUAUUUUUCCUCUCAGCUACCCCAUUUUGUUGAGGAUUAUAAGGUAUAGUAAACUCCCUCUUAAUCCUAGCAUUUUUACAAAAAUCUUUAAAUAGAUCUGAGGUGUAUUCCCCCCCAUUGUCAGUUUUUAGGGUUUUAACUUUAUUACUUGAGAAGUUUUCUGUUAGGGUCUUAAAUUCUUUAAACUUAGUAAGGAUCUCUUCUGAUUCUUUACAUUUCAUAAAGUAGAUCCAAGUUUUUCUAGAGUAGUCAUCCACAAAUAUUACAUAAUACAAAAAUCCCCCUAAAGAGGGUACUGACAUAGGUCCACAUACAUCAGAGUGGACUAAUUCUAAAACAUUACUUGUUUUCCUGGUACUAUUUUGAAAAGAGCCCUUAGUAUUUUUACUUAGGGCACAUCCCUUGCAUGCCCCUGAAUGAUGUUGCAUUAACUUGGGUAAACCUAUGACAAGGUUUUCGAUAAAUGAUAAAGCUUUGAAAUUCAGGUGACCUAGUCUUCUAUGCCAAACUUCAUUAGCAUCUGCAACUUCAUGGAUUAGGGCCAAGUUGGGCUCUGUGCAUAGCUCAUAUAAGUAACCUUGUCUUUGACCAAUGGUUUUGGCUUUCUUGAUGGACAAAUUCUUUGGCCAAGCCAACACUUUGUUGUCCAUGAAGGUCACCCUAUACCCAUUAUCCUCUAGUGUUGAGAUGGAGACUAGGUUCCUCUUGAUGCCUGGGACAUAUAGUACUCUUGUAAGCUGUAAUGAUAAGCCUGACUUCAGUCUAAUGAUGCAGGUUCCAAUUCCUCUGACUGGAUAUGCAGAGUCAUCUCCGAUUGUUACUUCCUCAUCGAUCUCCUCUAUCAUGGAGUCUAACACUUCUCUGAACCCUGUAAUAUGUCUGGAUGAGCCACUGUCAAUCACCCAUGAGUUAGUCUUGUUUGAUACUUGGUUUGAAAGUGCUGAGUAGAACACAUAUUUCUCGGAAUCAUCUUUGUCCUUUGACUUUCCAAAUUUGACAAAUGUAGCUUGUUUAGAUCUUUCAAGACAUUUAGCAACAUAGUGCCUGAACUUGUCACACCUGAAGCAUUGAAUAUGAGAGAGAUCCUUCUUGGAGGUAUUCUUGCCUUGAUGUCCUUUCCUCUUCUUGAAUUGUUUCUUCUUUCUUUUCUUAUUGGAGUUGGUGUUUAGAACUUGAAGAUCUUCAUCUAUAUUCUUAUGCUUGAUCCCUUUCUUAUUCAACCUUGAUUCUUCUUGAAAACAAUCCGCUCUUAGCCUCUCAAAAUUUGGAUAUUUAGCCCUUGCACUGAUGCUUGAACGAAUGUUUCCCAGACACUAGGUAACCCAUCUAGAGCAAUGAGUGUUAACUCUUUGCUUUGGAUUUCGUAUCCAAGUGUUGCUAGUUCAUCUCUUAGGGUAGAUAUCCGCAUGAAGUAGGCAUUGAUUGACUCCCCUUUUAUCAUACUUAUAUGAUUUAUCUCUCUUUUUAGAGCCAAGGUUCUGCUUGCAUUGGUUAUCUCAAAUGCAUUGUUGAGUGCCUUGAACAUAUGAUGGGCAGUCUCAUGUUUCUUUAUGAUUGGCAUAAUAUUGUUUCUCACUUCGUCAACUAUGAUCUUGAUGGCCUUUUCAUUACCCUCAAUCCAUGUUGUUUUGUCAGGUUCAUUCUCAGGUUCUUUAGAUUCGACUCUUACAAAUGAUUCAACUUUACUCUCCUUUAGGAUCAUCUUAAUUCUGAAUUUCCAUGCUGAGAAAUUGUCGCCUCCUUCGAGUCAAUCUUCAAAUCUAAUAGUGCUGGCCAUUUGAAGAAAUGUGAUGUUAGAUAUCUUCUUGACUUUGAAUUUUUCACAAAUUUGAAUGCCUCAGGUUCGAUCUACCGAGGCUCUGAUAUCAUAUAAAAGUUCUUCAAAUUUCAAUUCAAAAUCAAGGUAUGUAUAAUGAUGUUGUAUUGCAAUGCAAAUAUUUCUCACAGUAUUACCUUGCUGCAUGGAAGGUCCGCACCCGUAUUACCUUAGAAGAAGAAGAAGUUCUUCAAUUCAUAGAUGAAGAAAAACUGACUGAACCUACAGAUGCAGCUGAGCUAAAACAAUUCAAAAGGAAUGCUGUCAAAGCCAGAAAACUCAUUAUUGAUUCAGUCAAAGAUCACCUAGUCACCUCCAUUUCCUCAUUCAUUACAGCAAGGGAAAUAUUCAGUCAUCUUCAAGGUACUUAUGAAAUCAACAAUCUCAGUAGAACAAUUACCUUAAGGCAGCAAUUACUUAAUAUCAAGAUGUCAAAGGAAGAAUCUGCUGUCUUAUUUCAUGAGGAUUUUAGAACUAAAGAAUUAACUAGGUAUAAUUGGACAUAACAUGGAAGACAAAGAUAUUGUCAUGAUUGCUCUAAAUGGUCUACCAGACUCAUGGGACUCUUUCAUUCAAACCAUAGUGGAAGAACUGAAUUACCUACUUUUGAUCAUCUUAAGAAUGAUUGCAUUCAUGAAGAGUCUCGUCUUAUCACAAGAGGAAAACUCAAAACUCUCAAGUGAAUGAUCAACAUGUACUUGCAACCCAAUUCAAGAAAGGUGGCCAUUGGAAGAAGAAUAAUCUUAAGAGGAAUAGAGAUUUCAGAUUAUCAAAUGCUCAGAAUUCUUGGAAGAAGCCAAGAGAUCUCUCUCGUGUUUGAUGCUUUAGAUGUGACAAAUUUGGUCACUUGUUAAAGAAUGUCAGAAUGAACCUCCGCAAAGAGAAGCCAACCUAAAUGAAGUCUCAGAUCAAAAUGAAGAAUUCUUAUUCAUUUCUGCCCUGUCAAGCAGCAUUCCCACAGACUGUAACACAUGGUUGAUUGACAGUGGUGCUUCCAGACAAAUCACAGGCUAUCAUGAGCAUCUUUCAGACUUAUUAGAGAAAGACACCAGUCUAUAGUAGUAAUUGGUCAUGAUGCUAAACAUUCGGUAAGAGGUUCUGGCACUAAUUCUCUGAAUUUAGAUUCUGGUAUUUCUCUUCACCUUAGUGACAUCUUAUUUGUCCCUGGAAUUAAAAGAAAUUUAAUUUCCAUUUCUGCUCUAGAAGAUAAAGGUUAUCAAGUUGCAUUUUCUGAGGGUAAAGUCCUUGCUUGACCUAAGAAGUCUAGUUUUAAAUCUGCUUGUGUAAUUGGAAAUAGAUAUGAUAGUUUAUAUAAGCUCUUUGCUAACCUUGUUCAAGCUCUCAUUAAUGAGGCUCCCGAAUCCUGUGAGCUAUGGCAUAGAAGACUUGGACACUUACAUUUUCAAGCACUUCCAUCCCUUGGAAAGAUAGUCAGAGGUAUACCUAAACUCAGUCAAAUUCAUGAUGAUACAUGCACAGUUGUGCUAUAGGUAAAAAUGUUAAAAGUCCUUUUCAUAAAAGUGAAAGUAGAGCUAAAGAUAAACUAGAACUUGUUCACUCUAAUUUAUGUGGUCCUAUGUCUGUAGCAUCUCCUAGUGGAUUUCUUUAUUAAGUAAUCUUCAUAGAUGAUUUCUCUAGAAAAACUUGGAUCUACUUCUUGAAAUCUAAAGAAUCCGAUGAAGUCUUAAGUAGAUUUAAAGAGUUUAAGGCAUUGGUUGAAAACAUCUCUGAUAAAAGAAUUAAAUGUUUAAGAUUUGACAAUGGAGGUGAGUAUACCUCUGGUAGCUUUCAUGAGUUUUGUGUUGAGAUAGGAAUUAAGAGGGAGUUUUGUGUUCCAUACAAUCCUCAGCAAAAUAGAGUUGCUGAAAGGAAGAAUAGAACAAUUGUUGAGGCUGCAAAGGCUAUGAUUCAUGAUCAAGAUUUGCAGACUUUUCUAUGGGUUGAGGCUUCUAGAACAAUAGUAUAUAUUUAGAAUAGAUGUCCUCACCGUGUUCUAAAUAAUAUGACUCCUGAAUAAGCCUUCACAGGAUCCAAAUCUGACAUCAGUCACUUAAGAAUUUUUGGAAGUCUUGUAUAUGUCCAUGUGCCCAAGGAAAAACGAACCAAGUUGGAGCCUUUCGAGAAGAAAGACAUGCUAGUUGGAUACAGUGAAUCCUCCAAGGCCUUCAAGAUCUACAUUCCAGGUCAAAGGUAUGUUGAGGUAAGUAGGGAUGUUAUUUUUGAAGAAGAUAUUGCCUUUAAGAAAUCAAAAGGUUCUCUUGUUAUUGAUGAAGUUAAUGACAAUCAAGAUAUGAAUGUUGAUACUAACCCUAAGAUUCAGAGGGAGUCUGUUGAGCCUCCACCUCAAGAAGAGCAUAAUGAUCCACCUGAGCCUAUGAAUCCCACUGAUAUACCUAGUGACAUUGUUGUUAGCAAAAAGAGGCCACUUUGGGUGAGAAACACCAUUUAAGAAGCCGAAAGAUUUGCAGCUCCCAGUGGCACUUUCCGAGAAAGCAAGAGACCUCAAGUAUUCUCCAACUAUGUUGCAUUAAUGAGCAAUCUCAUUGAGUUUGAACCACAAUGUUGAGGAAGCCUUGAGCCAACAUGCCUGGAAGCUAGCUAUGGAUGAAGAAUAUCAAUCGAUCAUCAAAAAUGAUGUUUGGGACAUCGUGCCUAGACCCAAAGGUAAGUCUGUUGUCUCUUCUAAGUGGUUAUUUAAAAUUAAACAUAAUGCUGAUGGUAGUAAAUAUAAAACUAGAUUUGUAGCUCGUGGUUUUUCUCAAAAGGAAGACAUAGAUUAUGAAGAAACAUUUGCUCCUGUUGCUAGAUAUACUUCUAUUAGAACUAUAAUAGCCAUUGCUACAGCUAAAGGUUGGAAGCUACAUCAAAUGGAUGUUAAGACUGCCUUCCUUAAUGGUGUCAUUGAAAAAGAAGUUUAUAUUGAACAACUUGAGGGUUAUGAGAUUCAUGAUAGAGAAACUCAUGUUUGCAGAUUGAAGAAAACUCUAUAUGGUUUCAAACAGGCCCCUCGUGCUUGGUAUGAAAGAAUUGAUAAGUACAAGUUUAGGGUUUUGUAAGAAUGAUGCCGACUCUAACAUUUACUUUAAGGUAUCUAAUGAUGAAAUGCUAAUUCUGGUUCUAUAUGUAGAUGGUUUAUUUCUCACUGGUAAAGAUGAGCUUAUUAUUAGAUGUAAGAAAGAAUUAGCUUCAGAAUUUGAAAUGAAGGAUUUAGGUUUAAUGCAUUAUUUUCUAGGUCUAGAAGUAUGGCAAAGAUCUAACGAAAUUUUUCCGAGUCAAGGAAUGUAUACUAUUGAUAUUUUGAAAAGAUUUAGAAUGAUGGAUUGUAAACCUAUGUCUACUCCUAUGGAAUCUAACUUAAAGAAGUUGAGUGUUUCUGCAGCUAACUCUGAUUUUGCAGAUCCAUCGAAGUACAAGCAGUUGAUUGGAUCAUUGAUGUAUCUAGUUAAUACUAGACCAAAUAUAUGCUAUGUAGUGAAUGCCCUCAGCCAGUUCAUGAGCAUGCCUAAGCAUGUUCAUCUUGUUGCAGCCAAGCACAUUCUGAGAUACUUGCGAGGUACAGUUGGUUAUGGGCUGAAGUAUCCACUUAAGUCUCCAAUAACCUUGGAAAGUUACUCAGAUGCAGAUUGGGCAGGAAGUGUCAAGGAUAGGAAAAGCACCUCAGGAUUUUUUUUUAACUUAGGAUCCGCAGUGAUCUCUUGGGCUUGUAGAAAACAAUCCUCAGUUGCACUAAGUACUGCUGAAGCUGAGUAUAUUGCAGCAAGUGUUGCUUCUAGAGAAGCAGUGUGGCUUUGUAAGCUUCUUGCUGGGUUGUUUGGACAACCUUGGGAACCUAUAGUUUUUCAUUGUGAUAAUCAGAGUUGUAUCAAGAUGUCUGUCAAUCCAGUGUUUCAUGACAGGUCAAAACAUGUGGAAACUCAUUAUCACUUCAUUCGAGAUAUGGUGCAAAGAGGCGCCAUUCAGUUGAAGUAUGUCAGCACUGAUGAAUAGGUUGCAGAUAUUCUUACCAAGCCUCUGUCCAAAGUGAAAUUUGUGUACUUCAGAGACAGACUCGGUGUUGUGGAAAAUGAAACCCUGGUUGAGAGGGAGUCUCAACCUCAGUGAUACAUUGUGUUGUAUCAACCACCCUCUGCUGGCAAUGUAAGGUGGAUCCAGUCUUUGCUUGUGUGCAAGAUGAAAGAUUAUGAUAUUUUGAUUAUGUUUUCUUCUCCCUAAUUAAGAGGGAGUGUUGAUUGUAAUUAGGUAGGAGGAGUGGAUUCCAAUUGCCUUAGGCAACAUUGGAAUCCGCCCAAAGGGCUGGCCCCUUUCUCCCAUAAGGUAACAUGUAGGGCUAGGCCCCUUCUCACAUCCAACACAAGGGUGGUGUGCUCUAUUAAAAUAGGGCCUACCCUAUAAUUCAACACACCACACAAUAAGUUUUAAACAAUAAAAGGGCGCCAAUUCAAAUUCAAGAAAGCCGACCUAAUUAGAGGCUGAAGUGCAUAUAAAUAAAGGUAUGAAUGAAGCAUUCAAAUGAACACACAUUAAAAGGCAAAUUCUAUCUGCAAGAGGUCCGAAAUACAUCAGUAUUAAGGUGAAUAUCUUUAGCAAAGUGCGAACUCCAUCAGCUUCUCUCCAUUGUUAUCUCUGCUGUUAGGAGAGUGCGAAUUCCACAAAAGUGGUGUUCAUUCAUGCAAACAUUAAGGUGAAUUUACAUCCAUUAGUCUACUCCUCAUCAUGCGAAUUGACAGUUGAAGGACCUGCUGUUCUGAAGUUGGUCACAGUCAUCAGUUGAAGACAUAUAUAUCAUCUAUCUGCUGUUCAAGGACAAAUCUUUGGUUGCUAUGUAUACCUACUGGUUGGUACAAUAAAAGACGGAUCUGAAACUUGUUAAGAGGCAGAUCUGAGACCACUGGAAAGUUGAAGAUGCUAUCAGCCCUAAGGGUGAAUUGAAAUAAGUAUUGUAAUCAGAAUAUUAUUCAUAAUCCAUAAUCAGAUCUGAGGAUCUUUUCUGGCUGGGUUUUUCCUCCUAGGAGGUUUUCCCAAGGUAAUAAGUGUCUUAUUCAACUUUGGUCUUAUUCAAGUUUGGUUAUGUUUCUGUUUGUUCCUAAAUCUGAAACUUACUAAAUCUAACAACAAACUAUCUAAGUUAAAGGUUAAUUCUGUUUUCUAAGUUUUCUAUUAAUCUGAAAGUGUAAAAUUAAACACACACAAGGGUUUUGUGCAUGAUGAGCUCUUUCAUAGAGGCAAGGAGCUAGUUCAAUUAGGGGCAUUAGAGACAAAUAGUGGCAAAUAGAGACUCUUUGCAUUAGAGACUCUUUGCCUACAGAGACUCUUUGCUAGUAAAAUUUAACACUUCCUUGCAUUAGAGACUCUUUGCCAACAAAAAAUGAAUUUGAAAUGAACGUUUUUGCCAAACGAGUGGAUGGAAUUUGGUUUCACAAAUCUAGCAGAUGACAAAUAGUGGCAAAGUACAUGUAUUCUAUUAGUUUUUGGGGUGCGACAGAACAAGUUGUAUAAUUUUUAGAUCCUCUCGUAAAAGUCUCGAGACUAGUAGAUGGGGGUAAAUACCCCAUGGAUAUUUGUAUGAGGUCAUGUAUAGGGCGAAGGUGGUGAUGAGGGGUAGGAUGGAAAAUAACAAUGACAUGUUUAUGCCAUUAUGGGACAUAAUUGAUAGAAGAUGGGAUCAAUAAAUGCACUCUCCUCUCCAUGUUGCAAGAUACUAUUUCAAUCGAACAUUGUUAUAUAACUCUUUAUUCAGACAUGAUGAUGUUGAGGUCACACAAGGCUUGUUCAUAGGCAUGGAGAAAAUAUUUUCUAACAUAGAAACAUUGCAGGCAGCUAUGACAAAGUGGCCAAUGUACAAGCAAGCAAUGGGUUUUUUGUCAUCUAAGGCUAUUGUGGAAGGCAUGAAGACUUUAAAAUCAGGUGAACUCUAUACAAUUUUGACAAUCUCUUUGUUUUGUGGUUAUGUACAUUAAAUGUAUUAAGAUUUAAAUAUAUUCUUACAUGAUAUAAUGUGUUUUUUAGCACAAUGGUGGGAUUUUUUGGUCACAAAACAAAAAAUAUAAGAUGGAUGUUGAGAUGAGUCAGCCAUGUGGUUCAUCCAAGUGUUUUUGAACACAUGCAUUCCAAGAAACGCAAUCAUCUAACACAACAAUAAAUGAAUGACUUGGUGUUUGUUCACCACAACCUCCGCUUUAAGCUAAAGAAAGUUCAAGGUACUAUUGAGGAUGACGACCCAAUUGACCUUAAUGAGAUUGAUCCAGAGUUUGAGUGGAUUGCUAUUGAUGAUAAUAUUCUUUAGCCUGAGGAUUUUGAGAUCCCAAUGGAGGCCAACUUGGAUACUCAUGAGAUUGAACAACUUAGGAGAGGCUCUAACCCAAGAGCUUCAUUAUCAAUACCUGCAGCUCUCUAGCAUAGCUCUAUUUGUAGUGCCAAGAAUCAUUGGCUACAUUUGAUAUUUUGGAACUUUACACUUAGUUUAUAGGUUGUCUUUGUACAAACUAUAUUGUAACUGACAUUUUGUCAGCUGUCACCAUCUACUUACUAUUUAUGCACUUUGAAGUAUACUCUACACAAUCCAAUGUAAUCAGUGACAUGUAGACAAACAAAAAAAAUCCAUUUUCUACAAAUAAUGGGUUAUACUUUCUAUUUUAUUUGAUCUCUAUAUCUCUAUGCUAUGGAAAUGUACUUAUAUUUAAAAAAAACAGUUUUUGACUCUUUUCCUACAAUUUUUUCUUUUUUUUUAAAUCUGAUUUUUUUCACAAUUUUUUUGAGAUUUUUUCCCAAUGUCUGACAUCAAUUCAUAAGCUCAUGGAAAAUAUUGACAGCAGCAAGAAUAACGUAAUUCAGUUAUCUGCAUGCCAGAGGUGCUUAUCUAGUUGGAAGAGGCAUCAGAAAAUCAGCAGUAUCAAUGGAGAUUGGAUUGAAUAAGAUGAAUACUAAGAUGUGUUUGUACAUUUGCACAUGAUCUGUGAUAUUGCUAAGAACGUGUAUGUGGGAAACAAUGUUAAAAUUGAAAAGGAUUGAUAAACUGUGUGUUUGUUCCCUCUAGUAUUUAUUUUUGAAUACACUUGCAGCUUGAGGCUUCUUGAGUAAUUUUUCUCUCCAUUUGGAUCUCUCAAUGUGGUUAAUGCACUACUGAGCACUUUCUUUUCAGACGAUCAUGUUAAUGGUUUCACCAGGGUAACGUCUAUUUAUUUAUAUUUAAUCAAAGGUUCACUCAACAUGAAGGGUACAAAAUAUUUAUACCUAAAAUCAAAUUAUUGCAGGCACAAGAGGGUUAGCUAUUUAUUCAAUAUUUUGGGUCAAGUGUUGAUUACAGGAUUGUAAAUCCACCAUGGAAUCCUUUGGCCAUUGAUAUGUAUCCCAUAUUCAAAUUAAGGCUGCCUUGUGCUUCGAGGAUUCUGCUAUGGUUGGGAUUGAAUCCCUAUCAAAGGAGCAUUGGCUGGUAAUCUUUAAAAAAUGCAUAUUUAUUGUGAACAACUAAUUAUAAAACAUGAUGAGAUGGUGCAUGCAGCACUUUCUGUUCAACAAAUUUCAAGAAUAUAACAACAAAAAUAAUGUGCAUCAAUCUGCUAGUUAAUUAUGUAAAAAGUUAUUGAUAUAACUAGUCAGAACAUUACUUGAGACAAUUUUUUUCAAUCUUCAUAUAAAUUUGUAACAAUUGAAGUAACAUGAAAUCUGGGCCCUGGUCUAGAGCCUAACUGUUGAAUAUUUCAAACACAACAGCAUAAACUGUACUGUAUUGCAUUGACAAUGUGUUUGUAUGUUCCAGAUGGAAAAUGCAGUUCUUCAUUCACAGUCCGAUCUUCCAACUGUAAGAAGGUUGGACUGAUUAAUCCAAUAAUUUAGAUCAGCUCAUUGGUGGGGACUGUGCCAUCUGAAAUGUAGUUUGAGGCAUUUUCUUUUCUCUUUCUGUUUUGUGAUUAUUCAUUUUAAAUGCUCUGUAAUGAAUUAGCUAAACAUAUUUUAGAAAGGCAACAAUUCAAUAUAUUCUACAAGUUUUCUUGACGUUUUAUACAUCACACAAGGGUGCAAAUAUAAGUUUUAUAAUGGCAUAAAAUUGUUUAUUGACCUUUGCUUUGCCUGGUUCUAUCAUUGGUAUUAAACAGUCCAUUUCAUAUACAUACUUUAUGAUAAUCCUUCUGUGCUAAUAAUUUAUACAUGUAAAUUCAUGUUUUGUUGUGGAUAUUUUAUUUAUAGAAAUUAUUUGUCCAACUUGGAUGGUCUUAUUUUACUUAUAUAAGAUCCUCAAAAAGUGGUUCAAUAGUUAAGAACUAAGAUAAAUUAUUGACGAGACAUGCACUCAGUCUACAAAUUGAAAGCACAUUGUUGACGCACUGAGGAAAGUCCUUUGGCCAGAAAAAAAUUAACGCCAUGCAGAAUUCUGGUGCUGAAAUUGAUUGUUCAAACCCAUGUAAAGAGCCCAUGUAGAUGCAUGUAACAUAGUUGGGGGUGCCUGGGGUUUUUUAAUGUUGGAUCCAUUUUUUUCGUAUUAUUGAUCAAACUGUUAGACAAUGCAAAGUAAUGUAACAAACCCAACAACUGCAAACAAACAGGGAUCUGCUAAACAACAGCCAAAUCUGUAAUAAUCCCUACUAAAUGCACAAAUAACAGAUACAAAACACUCCAGAAGCAAUUAUACUUUUUUAUAAUUUUUUGCCAACAACAUAAAUUCAAAGGGAAGUCUACCAAUCCAAUACAACUUACUGAGUACCUGCCUCUUACAAACUCUAUACUAACUGAUAUGUACUGCUCCUGAGAGUUUCUGUCAAGAUGAUAGGUUCAUGCCUGAAUGGUUUCAUCUGUGCUACGCUCGGCUGCUUUUUCAAUGCCACUAACCUUGAAAUGAGAGUUCAAUGUGUGUUAAUUUUUCAAAAGAAGCCCCCUCUUCUGUAUUAUGCGCUGUUUAAUAGACCCAGCUCCUAGCAACCCUAAAUCAUAUGCAGUCAGUCCACAAAUGGUGUCAACUAACUGACAAUUAAUUUCCUCAAAACAGUUGAUUCACAAUCAUAGGCUUUUACUCCUAAAUGGGUUGCAUUUAAUUGGUCAGUCCACCCCUCAAUCGGUGGUGUUAACUGCUAGGCACUCAAGGCUCAACCACUGCCUGACUGGAAAACACAAAUGCUCAGCCACUGCUCAACUAAAGGACACAAGAUUUAGCCGUCUUAUUCCUAAAAUAAAAAGUGCAACAUACACUUCUAAGUUCUAACUAAAGAUUAUAAGGAUCUAAGAGAAGCCACCACAACACAUAAUUGUACCUGUAAAGACGUAGGCAGCCACUGCAAGCUGGGAAAAGCUCCCACAUAUAGGAGGGUUCACCAUAAGGGAAACAAAUGAGAUAGGUAGUUGGUGUAUUCUACCCUCGUGGUGAGAAUAGAUGGGUCACAAGCUCAUUUGCUACCAACAGUAGGGGAUGACAAGUAAUAGACAAUCUCAACAAGAACUUAAGGGUGCAAUGCAACGCAAAGGAGGUGCCACAACUGUUAUUUUAAACCCUAGGUAUGUUAAUCAGAUUCAUAUAUUUGAUUAUGCCCUAGGUUGUAAUCAG